UCGAUCUGCCAUUGGUUCAUAUAUUUUAGGGACUUUUAAAUUCGAUGUAUUGAAUUCUCCAUGUGGUCUACAUAAAAGUUCCCCUCAUCUAGUAUAACAGGCUUUUAAAAUUCAAUAUUGAAGCAUAAUCUCUACUUAAAAUAUCAAAGGGACAUAUUCAUGCCUCUUGUAAGACCCUAUGAUUUUAUUAGACGGUUAUAAGUUUACUACUCAUUUUGAUGUUCUCAUUAACACAGGAGAGAGACAUGACUAUGGUGGAUCCUCUGGGAAGAAGCAUCAACAACAUCCUGAUGCUGACGAGGAAGAGAAGAGUCUCUCCAGAUCAGAACACAAGAUGGACAACGCUAGCCCUUCCUCCCUCCUGGAGUCCCUGUGUCGUGCCUCUCCCGGUAGCGCCUUACUGCUGGGUAUGAAGAGGUUGUCUGUGCUGCUGGUGGACUGCAGGAAAACAACAGGGCUGAGUGGAACUGUGAGAGGAGGAGAAGAGAAGAAAGGAUCAGAUUUGAAACAUCAAAGAGAAAGACCAGACUCAGAGGAACCAGAGCCAGGGACGUCCAAACCAGCAAGACGACACCAGUGCUCCCAGUGUGAAAAGAGUUUUAAACAGAAAGCACAACUGAAAAAACAUAAGAGAAUACACACAGGGGAGAAGCCUUACCACUGUUCCCAGUGUGGAAAGGGUUUCAACCAGUCAGGGACGCUGAAACAACAUGAGAGAAUACACACAGGAGAGAAGCCUUACCACUGCUCCCAAUGUGGAAAGUGUUUCGGCCGUUCGGGGGAGCUGAAACUACACGAGAGAAUACACACAGGAGAGAAGCCUUACCAUUGCUCCCAGUGUGGACAGUGUUUCAACCAGAAAGCACACCUGAAACAACAUGAGAGGAUACACAAAGGGGAGAAGCCUUACCACUGUUCCCAGUGUGGAAAGGGUUUCAACCAGUCAGGGACGCUGAAACAACAUGAGAGAAUACACACAGGAGAGAAGCCUUACCACUGCUCCCAAUGUGGGAAGUGUUUCGGCCGUUCGGGGGUGCUGAAACUACACGAGAGAAUACACGCAGGAGAGAAGCCUUACCACUGCUCCCAUUGUGGAAAGUGUUUCGUCCGUUUGGGGGAGCUGAAACAACACGAGAGAAUACACGCAGGAGAGAAGCCUUACCACUGCUCCCAUUGUGGAAAGUGUUUCGUCCGUUUGGGGGAGCUGAAACAACACGAGAGAAUACACACAGGAGAGAAGCCUUACCACUGCUUCCAAUGUGUAAGGUCUUUCAACCAGUUGGGGGCGCUGAAACAACAUGAGAGAAUACACACAGGAGAGAAGCCUUACCACUGCUCCCAAUGUGGGAAGUGUUUCAACCAUUCGGGGAUGCUGAAACAACAUGAGAGAAUACACACAGGAGAGAAGCCUUACCACUGCUCCCAGUGUGGAAAGUGUUUCAACCGGAGAGGAAACCUGAAACAACAUGAGAGAAUACACACAGGAGAGAACCUCCACAUUGACUCUGUAAACACGGCUGACGAGACAGAGAAGAGUCUCUCCAGAUCAGAACACCAGAUGGACAGUGCUAGCCCUUCCCCCCUCCCAGAGUCCCUGUGUCGUGCCUCUCCCGGUAGCACCUUACUACUGGGUAUGAAGAGGUUGUCUGUGCUGCUGGUGGACUGCAGGAAAACAACAGGGCUGAGUGGAACUGUGAGAGGAGGAGAAGAGAAGAAAGGAUCAGAUUUGACACAUCAAAGAGGAAAACCAAACUUGGAGGAACCAAAGACCUCCACAACAUCAAGACGACACCUCUGCUCCCAGAUCAAGUUAGGAAGCCUGAAAAGACCUGAGAGGACACACACAGGAGAGAAGCCAUACCAUUGUGGCCAGUGUGGAAAGAGUUUUAGCCUGUUAGGAAGCCUGAAAGCUCAUGAGCGAAUACACUCAGGAGAGAAGCCAUACAAUUGCGGCCAGUGUGGAAAUAGUUUUAGUCAGUUAGGAAACAUGAAAAGACAUGAGCGAAUUCACACAGGGGAGAUGCCAUACCACUGCUCCCAUUGCGGAAAGAGUUUUAACCAUUUACUUAACAUGAAAAGACAUGAGAGGAUACACACAGGAGUGAAGCCUCACCAUUGCUCCCAGUGUGGAAAGAGUUUUAUGCAGUUAGGUAUCCUCGAAGAUCAUUUGCGAAUACACACAGGGGAGAAGCCUUACUACUGCUCCCAUUGUGGAAAGAGUUUUAACCAUUUACUUAACAUGAAAAGACAUGAGAGGAUACACACAGGAGUGAAGCCUCACCAUUGCUCCCAGUGUGGAAAGAGUUUUAUGCAGUUAGGUAUCCUCAAAGAUCAUUUGCGAAUACACACAGGGGAGAAGCCUUUCCUUUGCACUCAGUGUGGAAAGAGUUUUAGCCAGUCAGGAAACCUGAAAGUGCAUGAGCGAAUUCACACAAGGAAGAAAUCUCAAGGUUGUUUUAUCAUGUGGUUUCAUCUGGGUCUCUAUUUAAAAAUAACACUGUCUUUGGCAGGAGAAAGACCAGACUCAGGGACGUCCAAACCAGCAAGACGACACCAGUGCUCCCACUGUGGAAAGAGUUUUAACCAGAAAGCACACCUGAAAGCUCAUGAGAGAAUACACACAGGGGAGAAGCCUUACCACUGCUCCCAGUGUGGACAGUGUUUCAACCAAAAAGCACACCUGAAACAACACAAGAUAAUACACACAGGGGAGAAGCCUUACCACUGCUCCCAGCGUGGAAAGUGUUUCAAACGGCCUUUUCAUCUGAAACAGCAUGAGAGAAUACACACAGGAGAGAAGCCUUACCGCUCCUCACAGUGUGGAAAGUGUUUCAACCAGUCGGGGGAGCUGAUACGACAUGAGAGAGUACACACAGGAGAGAAGCCUUACCACUGCUCCCUAUGUGGAAAGCGUUUCAACCAGUCGGGGGAACUGAAACAGCAUGAGAGAAUACACACAGGGGAGAAGCCUUACCACUGCUCUCAGUGUGGAAGGAGUUUUACCGGUUUAGGGAUCCUGAGACACCACGAGAGAAUACACACAGGAGAGAAGCCUUUCCACUGCUCCCAAUGUGGAAAGCGCUUCAACCAUUUGGGGGAACUGAAACAGCAUGAGAGAAUACACACAGGGGAAAAGCCUUACCACUGCUCCCAGUGUGGAAAGUGUUUCGGCCUUUCAGGGACGCUGACACGACAUGAGAGAAUACACACAGUGCAGAAGCCUUACCACUCCUCCCAGGGUGCAAAGCUUUUGCCCAUUAGAGGAGGAGAAGAGAAGAAAGGAUCAGAUUUGACACAUCAAAUCAGUUUGGCAGGAGAAAGGCCAGACUCGGAGGAACCAGAGCCAGGGACGUCCAAACUAGCAAGACGACACCACUGCUCCCACUGUGGAAAGAGUUGUAACCGGUUAUGGGACCUGAAACAGCAUGAGACAAUGCACACAGGGGAGAAGCCUUACCACUGUUCCCAGUGUGGAAAGAGUUUUCACCAGAAAGCACACCUGAAAGCACACGAGAGAAUACACACAGGAGAGAAGCCUUACCACUGCUCCCAAUGUGGAAAGUGUUUCAACCAGUCAGGGGGGCUGAAACUACAUGAGAGAAUACACACAGGAGAGAAGCCUUACCAAUGCUCCCAAUGUGGAAAGUGUUUUGUCCGUUCGGGGGAGCUGAAACAACAUGAGAGAAUACACACGGGAGAGAAGCCUUACCACUGCUCCCAAUGCGGAAAGUGUUUCGUCCGUUCGGGGGGGCUGAAACUACAUGAGAGAAUCCACACAGGGGAGAAGCCUUACCACUGCUCCCAGUGUGGAAAGUGUUUUGUCUGUUCGGGGGAGCUGAAACAACACGAUAGAAUACACAUGGGAGAGAAGCCUUAUCACUGCUCCCAAUGUGGAAAGUGUUUUGUCCGUUCGGGGCAGCUGAAACUACAUGAGAGAAUCCACACAGGGGAGAAGCCUUACCAUUGCUCCCAGUGUGAAAAGAGUUUCAGCCGGAAAGCAUUCCUGAACCAACACGAGAUAAUCCACACAGGGGAGAAGCCUUACCACUGCUCCCAGUGUGGAAAGUGUUUCAACCAGUCGGGGAAGCUGAAACAACAUGAGAGAAUACACACAGGAGAGAAGCCUUACCACUGCUCCCAGUGUGGAAAGAGUUUCAACCGGAAAGCAAACCUGAAACGGCACGAGAGAAUACAUACAGGAGAGAAGCCUUACCACUGCUCCCAAUGUGGAAAGUGUUUCAUCCGGUCAGGGGAGCUGAAACAACAUGAGAGAAUACACACAGGGCAGAAGCCUUACCUCUCCUCCCAGGGUGCAAAGCUUUUGCCCAUUUAGGAAGCCUGAAAGAACACAUUAGACUGCACACAUAGGAGAAGGCUUAGAAAAGCUCAGACUGUGGGAUAACAUAUUACUCAUAACAGUCAUUUAAACAUCAUUAGAGAAUCCACACAGGAAAGAGAAAUUACUUCUCUUAGCGUGUAUAUUGAUAUACAUCACAUUGACUUAAAAUUCAUCAGAGAACAUACACAGUGCUCCCGUUGUCUUAUAUUGUUGACUGACAAUGUGUUUACCUGUCUUUACCAGAUGAAAUGAAAUGGUACAGGGUAUACUCAAACAUAUAUUUGUUUGUUUUUAUUAGAAAACAUGAAUUGACUAUGGAGUCUGUCAGUUUGAAUAUAAAGAAGAUCAGGUUCCUUCUUUUAAACUGUCCUUUUUUAAACUCUAUGUGUGUUUAUCUGGGUGUGUCAUUCCUCCAGCACUACAGAUAAUCAAGUGAUAUUUGGAUGUGAUGCAUUUGUUCCAUU